AGGGCGGCGGCGGACGGGGGUGAGCUGCUCGGCGGGUGAGAGGUGGCUUCCAGAAUGGCAACUACCUUGCUUUGCAACGUGGCAUUUCUGCUGGUCUUUGGAUUGGCUUCAGCUUUUAGUCAUGGCCCUAGGACCCCCGACAGGGUUUCUGAAGCAGAUAUUCAGAGGCUUCUCCAUGGAGUCAUGGAACAACUGGGCAUUGCCAGACCCCGAGUAGAGUAUCCAGCACACCAGGCUAUGAACUUGGUUGGUCCACAGAGCAUUGAAGGUGGUGCACAUGAAGGUCUCCAGCACUUGGGUCCUUACGGCAAUAUCCCAAAUAUUGUGGCUGAGCUGACAGGAGACAAUAUACCAAAGGAUUUCAGUGAAGAUCAAGGGUAUCCUGACCCUCCAAACCCCUGCCCCAUUGGAAAAACAGUUGAUGAUGGGUGUCUAGAAAAUACCCCGGACACAGCAGAGUUCAGUAGAGAAUACCAGCUGCACCAACACCUUUUUGAUCCAGAGCAUGACUAUCCCAACAUGGGCAAGUGGAGCAAGAGUUUACUCUUUGAGAAGAUUAAUGGUGGUCCAAAAAGAAGAAAGCGGAGUGUGAACCCAUAUCUGCAAGGACAGCGACUGGAUAAUGUUGUAGCGAAGAAGUCUGUUCCACAUUUUUCAGAUGAAGACAAGGGUCCUGAAUAAGUACAAUAAAAAUGAAUGAUGAAAACUCAUGCCAUCUUCUGCUAGAUCGUAAUAUUGCUUAUAUAUAAUCAUCUAUUAAAAUCCUUGUGA